UAUUGCCGCAGAUAAGUGCGAGUGAUCCCACCUCAGCCACAGCUGUGCGUGUGGUGACUGAUGCCGUGCAACAGUCUGAACGCCAAUGGCCUGGCGUAGUCGAUCUCUUCAUCACGGCACUACUGGAUGUGUCAGAAAACCCAGUGGACUCAGAAACCCUAGAGGGUGUGGACACACACAGUACAGCCACCUUGUGCGUAACCGAUUCGGCGCCUGAACCAGGUUUACCGCACGUGGACACCAGCAGCGCAGAGGAAAACCACACGGACGACGAAAGAACAAAGGACCCCCCGGCUGUGAACUGCCCCAUCUAUGCGCAACGUGUGAAUUCGACGAUACAAACGGUUGUGCUUGUGAUGGAUGGCUACGCCACUCGCCCGCCCAAUGAUGAGAAGGUAUUUGCAUCAAUCAAAGUGGUCAUAGAACAAUUGCAGACGCUGAUUAGAGAGAUCGACUCGGCUCUCCGGACGGAUGACACCGAACAACGCAGGAACACAGACGAUGCGUCUCUCGUGGACGAUAGGCGGCAGUUGAUUUCCGCGUGCCUCAAAUUUAGUAAGGCUGUGCGCGACCAAACGCUCAACAACGUCGCACAAACACAGCAUGUCACUGUGGCUGCGGCGAAUGUAUCAAAAUGUGUGGCUCAAAUGCGGCGAUGAUAAAAUUUAGGAGUUGAGGGGGCCUCAUCAAUAAUGAAAUGAAUGUAUCAUGAGACGAACAUUCGGACAGCCGAAUAAACAAAUAUUGCUCAGCUCACCUCGACAAUCGGCUUGAUAUAUCAUCUUGCAUCUAUGAUGUAUACGAUUGCCAUGUGAGCUCGAAGUAAUACGGCAAGCGUCACUUUGUUCAAACACAAUUAAUUGCUAUCGUCAGGGAACAUCGAUAUGACAACAAACGUUUCAUGUAUCAUACCAUUUGUAGCAUAUAAACAUUGAUUGGUGCAAGCCGACGCUUCUAGCAAUAAACCUGCCGCGGGAGCGGUGUGGGAUGAUAGCUUUGCAAUAAUGAAGGAUACAAUUUGAUUUUUAGGGGUUUUCAAUCCUAAAAUUUACAAAUUCUGAACCAUUUACGCAAUAUAAACAGAAUGUGUUGUUUUUUUUAAACGACUCUAAAACACCGGGAGAAGAUCUACUGAGCUAAGA